UGUUCUCAUUUCGCUGUUUUCGCACAGAAGGAUGGAGAGAAAAGGAUCAGAGAUAGAGCUGCCUGGAUUCAGAUUCCACCCGACGGAGGAAGAAAUACUGGAUUUCUAUCUCCGGCGAGCCGCCGCCGGCAAGAAGCUCAACGUCGACAUCAUCACAACCGUCAAUCUCUAUCUCUACGACCCCUGGGAUCUCCCAGCGAUGGCGAAGAUGGGAGAGAGGGAAUGGUAUUUUUUUGUGCCAAGGGAUCGUAGGCAGGGCAAUGGGGGGCGGCCGAACCGGACCACGGAGAGAGGGUUUUGGAAAGCAACUGGGUCUGACCGGCACAUUCGAAGCUCGGUGGAUCCUAGAAGGCUUAUUGGGUUGAAGAAGACUCUCGUUUAUUAUCGUGGUCGAGCGCCGCGUGGUACGAAGACGGAUUGGAUAAUGAAUGAGUAUCGUCUACCGGAUGCAUCUAACUCCUUUGGUUCAGCUCCAACACCUAAGGUUUGUAUUUCAUUUUCAUUGCGAUUGAAGAAAAAUGAUGCUGUAUCUAAUUAGUUUGAAAAUUGUUGAACUUGUUUUGAAA